AUGGUGAAGAUGGCAUGGAAGAACAUGACUGAUUACUACAAUCACAUCAGACGUCGUAACGAUCGUGCCCGUGCGGCUGGUCUUACACCACCGCAAUCCAAAUGGUACUUCUUCAACAUGCUGCAUUUCAUUCGACAAGAAAAGUCACCCGCAAAACGAAAAUACAAUUGGCUCGAACCAUCCAAGAUCAAAAGUUCAUCGUUGAACGGUGAUGGGGCGAAUGGUUCGAUGAAUUCAGAGGGCAGUGAUGCACUUCCGAGACCGAUUGCUAUCAGACCGGCGCCUAGUGAUUCUGUGGUUGACACAUCGCAUAGACCUCGUACAAAACAAUCUGAAAAGUUCAUUUUU